GAGGCGAAGGGCAGAGUGGAGAUGGGCAGCAGACCGUGCAGCCAUCGUCAGUCGCUGGAAUUGGCUCCAAGCCCACGUCUCGGACCUGGAAUACCGAAUCCGGCAGCAAACGGACAUUUACAAGCAGAUCAGAGCCAACAAGGGGCUGAUAGUUCUUGGUGAAGCAUCACCCCCUGAUCCUGCAGGAGAUGAUGCGUCCCGUCCCGUUAGUGCUGAAGUUAAGCUGGAGCCUGGGGCUGACCGGCUGAGCGUUUCUGGAUCCCAGCCACUAGACAACUCGGGUAUUUCUGCCGCAAAUGCUCCGGAAUCCCACCCUGCCAAGCCCUGUGGAGCACCAAGACCCGUCAAUGGAGUUAUUAACACUCUUCAGCCCGGCCUGGCAGAACAUUCUCAGGGAGAUGGCCAGGAAGCUGAGGAGCUCUUGCAUAAAAAGCAACGACUGAACAUGGUUUCUUCAUCUUCGGAUGGAACGUGUGUAGCAGCUCGCACCCGCCCGGUGCUGAGCUGUAAGAAACGACGUCUUGUUCGACCUAGCAGCAUUAUGCCCCUUUCCAAAAAGGUCCAUCGUAACAGCCUGGCGCGAUGUAGCUGUGACGUGAACCCUUCGUGCGCUCUCUGCGGCACCCGGAGCUCCACGACUCUGGAAAUCCAGUACGACGCCCCUUUGCUGGAGCGCCUCUCCCAGCUGGACUCGUGUGUCCAUCCUGUCCUGUCGUUCCCAGAUGACGUGCCGACGAGCCUGCACUUCCAGAGCAUGUUGAAAUCUCAGUGGCAGAACAAACCCUACGAGAAAGUCAAACCUCCCAAAAAGCUCUCGCUGAAGCACAGAGCCCCCAUGUCUACCACGCCUGGGGUUGUACCUGACAGCCGUAGAGGUGAAAACUGGCGUUUCAUAGCUCUUUCUCUGUUCCCCUCCUCAGAGCGCUCACAUCAAAAAAUCCAACCAGACAAGGCACACAGGCCGCCUUUAGACGAUUUUACGGCCGUGUCCAAGGCCGAGAGAGCGCCAGAGCGCUCACUUGUCCAGCCUCCUGCCUAUGACAAAAAGCGAUUACGAGACUGCUCGUCUGAGAGGAGUGAAGUGUUGAAGCAUCACGCGGAUGUUGGUGGCCCGAGCUACUUGACGGCGGCCGCGACUCCUGCACCUCACAGCCCCAUAGCGCGCCAACUGUCCACCUCCUCGGAAGGCUCCGCUCCGGCCAGCACCAGCUCACAGGGCACCUCUGGCACAGCUCAGCCAAGGAGGAGGAGAGGCGAAAGUUCCUUCGAUAUUAACAACAUUGUCAUCCCGAUGUCCGUCGCUGCAACGACUCGUGUGGAGAAGCUGCAGUACAAGGAGAUCCUCACACCCAGCUGGCGUGAAGUGGAUAUCAGCGCGCUGAAAACGAACCCGGAUGAAGACAACGAGGAGAUCGAGGAUUUGUCUGACUCCGCCUUCACUGCUCGGCACGGCAAGUGUGAGGAGAGGGAGCGGGCCCGGUGGCUCUGGAGCACGAGCGUGCCCCCGCAGCGGCGGGGCAGCAGGUAACACCGGCGCUCGGGUGCAGAGAGGACACC